GAUAAAACCUCUUCUGCCUGUAAGAAAAAAAAAGAAAGGAAUAAAAAAAAUGUCCGCCUCCCAUCAUCAGGAAGACCCUCAAAUCUCGUUCAACUCUUUGUACUGCGUGGAAGAACAUUGUCUAUGGGACAGUGAAGAUUCAGUUUUGCACACCAACUGCUUGAUAAAAGGCCGAGGUGAAAAGAAGAGCCUUAUUGUGGAGUUUCUGGAGCAGGACCUCUGGGAAGAUGAUGAGUUGAGGUUGUUACUCGUCAAAGAGCAAGAAAAAGAACCGCCACGUGGCUUUGAGGGAAAUCCGUUUCUGGUGAAGGCCAGGGUUGAGGGGGUGGAGUGGAUGCUCAAGGUCGUUGGGCACUAUUCCUUCUCUGCCCUCACUGCGGUUCUUGCAGUUAGCUAUCUUGAUAGGUUUUUAUGCGGGUUUGAGUUUCACGGAGAGAAAAGGCCAUGGGUGACUCAGCUAGCUGCUGUGGCUUGCCUGUCUCUUGCUGCUAAAGUUGAGGAGACUCAAGUUCCUCUACUUUUGGACCUCCAAGUGGAGGAUCCUAAGUACGUGUUUGAGCCUAAGACGAUUCAGAGAAUGGAGAUUUUGGUUCUUUCUACCCUUCAAUGGAGGAUGAACCCUGUUACUCCACUCUCCUUUCUUGAGUACAUUGCGAGGAGCCUAAAAGUCAAAGACCAUUUUCGCAAGGAGUUUCUGAGGAGAUGCGAGUGCCUGCUUGUUUCUGUGAUUUCUGACUGUAGAUUCAUGUGCUAUUUGCCUUCUGCAUUAGCUACUGCUAUAAUGGUGUAUGUCAUUAGCAGCCUUGAGCCUUGUGUUUUUGUGGAAUAUCAAGAUCAACUACUGGGCAUUCUUGGAAUCAACAAGGACAAGGUAGAGGAUUGCUGCAUGAUAGUACAAGAAGUGGCCACAAGUGUUGACUUUGUUACAGGCAGGAAGAGAAAAUUUGGAUCAAUGCCUGAGAGCCCAAAAGCAGUGGUAGAUGUGUCUUUCAGCUGUGAUGAUACCUCAAAUGAGUUGUGGGGACUUGAUUCUAGCCCAACUGCAGCUUCAGUUUCCUCAUCACCACAGCCUCUGUCCAAGAAAAUCAAGUCUCAAGGACAAGAGGAGAGCCCAAACUAAGAGAGUGCAAUUUUCUGAUAUAAAGAUUUAUAUUAAAAAUAGACUAUGUAGGUCAAUGUCAUCUAUAUAUAUAUUAUAUGGGGUUGAAUAAAAUGAUUUGUAUGAGAUCUCUAAUGCCAAAUGCCAAACCAUCUUUGCAUUUGAAUACAAAUCCCACCCAUUCAAAGUCAGAGGAUCAUAUGGUAAAAUGGGACCUUGGUAAUGUAAUGAUCACAUGCAGACAGUGCAUAUUUUUGUUUCACAAGAGAUUGGUGGGGUAUAUUNCCCUUAUUGGUCCACAUCUUUUUUUGUUAGUACAAUAGGAUUUUCAGACUGUUUCAGUUUUUUUUUUUU